AUGAACACUCCUCAAUACAGAAGAAUAUCCUCGGAAGAUCAUGACGACUACGGGGUAAGGAGUCCCCGGGCCUCCAGUACAGGACGAACCUUGUCCGACCGAACAUCCGACAAGAUUGUUGCCUUGGUCUGGGUCUUGCUGGCCAUGUUUGUUGCCUACUGGUGUUCUUUCUUUUCCACACUCCUCUUUUACGAAGAAGUCAACCGGACUGUCCUGAACAUGGCAUUUUUGUGCUGGGCCGCCGUGGUGGCUGGUAUCAUCUACUUGAUGGCCUAUUUACCCCUCGUCAUCAAAUUAAAAGAUACCGAAGCUUGGAGUGUCUAUUGUCCAAAAGUCAUCCCUGGAAUGAUCGUGUCGGGUAUCGUGGGAUUCAUCCUACUGAUACGAGGGACAUGGCCCGUCUGGGGAUUCUUGGCUCCCUUGAUUUUUGCCAUUGAAUUCAUGGGAUUUUUAUUCUCCUUGCAUUUUGUUCCGUGGACCAGUGGUGGUGGUGGAGAAGGAAUUACAUAUGUCUAG